CCUACCUCGUUUUCCCUUUCUCCUUCUUACCAACAGCAUCUCUUCUCAGUCGGCGACGUCACUUCUUAGUCUGCUCCUUUUCUUCCCAUUUCUUCUUCAAUGGCUGAUCCUAUUCUUCACCCGGAGACCAGCCACCAUCACCAUACUCAACCCCUCAAAGAGAUUGCCAUUGAUUACACCCCCGACGCUUGUUCCCACUGCCCCGACUCCAACUCCAUCGUGCUCACCUUCGACCGCCGCGGCGGCUCACGGUGGCGCACCACUACCCGCUUCCUCUACGGCACCUUCAGCGCCCUCAUCCAGUGUCCCAAAGGCAACACCAGCGGCCUCAAUUUCAACAUCUACCUCUCCUCCCUCGAAGGCGACAAAUCCCAAGACGAGAUCGACUUCGAGUUCUUGGGCAAAGACAAGACGAUCGUGCAAACCAAUUUCUACACUCGCGGGACUGGCAACAGAGAGCAGAUUCACGAUUUGGGGUUCGAUUGCUCCGAUGGGUUUCACGAGUAUGUGAUCAAAUGGGGUCGUGAUUCGAUCGAGUGGGUGAUUGAUGGGAAGGUAGUGAGAGGAGAGGAGAGGAAGAAAGGGGAUGGGGAAGAUGGUGAAUUAGGGUUUCCUGAGAAGCCCAUGUUUCUGUAUGGUUCAAUUUGGAAUGCUAGCUAUAUCGCUGAGGGAAAUUGGAGUGAAUAAGAGCAGGUUGGGGGAAAAACAAGCAGUAAAGCAGAGCAGAGCUUUCCAAUUUGCUUAAUUCUCUUCGAUAGACAAAGCAUAUUUAAACCUUCUUUUUUUAAGAUUGAAUAAUACAUAUAUAUGGUAUGGAAAGAAUUAAAGAAACAUGUUCACAAAGUAUGAAAACGCACACAUGUAUGUAUGUAUAGGCUGAAGCUCGGGAUCCACAAAUACCCUGAAGUGAGGAUAUUUCUUUUCUUUUUCCUAUUCCUAAAAUAAUAUGGAAAAUUUUCAAAUUUAUGAAUUUGAGAUUUUGAAUCUUACUUUUUGUAUAUGUAA